ACCCGGGAAACCACCUGCCUUCUUGGGUAUAUAUGUUUGUACCCAAGUGAUGCUGUACACAUGCACCUCCUCGACCACCGCACGAUGACUGCUAAGGUGCUCCUCCUGCUGGCGCUGGCGGCAGCCGUCGCUGCUGAGGCAUCCUACGGGGACUCAAGUGAAUCUUAUGAAUCCCACGAGUCUUACGAGUCCGAGGUGCCAGCAUACGAUUACAAUUACCAAGUGAAGGACUAUUACGGCAACAACUUCGGCCACGGGGAGCAGCGAUACGGCGACGUGACGCACGGCUCCUACUUCAACCACCUGCCUGACGGCCGCCUGCAGACGGUCAAGUACGUGGUGGACGGCUACUCGGGCUUCCUGGCUGACGUCAACUACGAGGGUGAGGCUCACUACGACUCUGGCUCCUACGAAUCCGGUGAACGCUACAGGCCGACCUACCAUGCAGGCUCUGAUGAGUCAGGAGAGUCCCACGAGUCCACAUCGAACUACAGGCCAAGUUACUACAGGCCCAGAUACUCAUUCGGCUCCCACGAGUCUGGCGAGUCCAGACUUGGCUUUGGCUCUGGUGAGUCCAGAGAGACCAGAUUUGGCUAUGGCUCCGGGGAGUCCCGUGAGUCCCGAGAGUCCAGGUUCUCCUUUGGUUCUAGUGAGUCCCGUGAGUCCGCAGAGUUCUACAGACCGAGGUACUCCAGGCCACGGUACUACAAGCCAAGGCACUCCUUUGACUCACUGGAGUCUGGCGAAUCCAGGUUUGGAUUUGGUUCUGGUGAAUCCGGAGAAUCCAGAUUUAGCUAUGGCUCUGGGGAGUCCCGUGAGUCUGGCGAGUCCCGUGAGUCAGGAAAGUCCCUUGAGUCCGGAGAGUUCUACAGACCCAGGCACUCCAGGCCACGGUACUACAGGCCAAGGUACUCCUUUGGGUCACUGGAGUCUGGCGAGUCCAGGUUUAGAUUUGGUUCUGGUAAAUCCGGAGAGUCCAGAUUUGGAUUCAGUUCCGGCAAGUCCCGUGAGUCCGGGGCGUUCUACAGGCCAAGAUACUCCAGGCCAAGGUACUUCUUUGGAUCCGGUGAGUCUGGCGAAUCCAGAUUCGGUUUUGGUUCUGGUGAGUCUAGCGAGUCCCGUGGGUUCUACAGGCCAAGGUUAUCCGGGCCAAGGUACUACUUUAAGUCCCGCGGAUCCGGCCAGUCCAGGGUUGGCUUCGGGUCUAAUGAGUCCCACGAGUCCGGCGUGAGGCAUUACAGGCCCAGAUACCACUCCCGCAACUCCAGGUAUGGCCACGGGUCCCGCAGGUCCUACAGGCCAAGGUAUUACCGUCGCUUCCGUGGCUUUGGGUCUGGUGAAUCUGGCGAGUCGUACAGGGGCUCCUACUAGCCCACUGGUGCCCUUCGCGGAGUCACCACAGCGGGAAGAUCUCGCGCCGCCCCUCAUCACACCUUGCAGUUACCUGUCUUCUCUUAAUUAGAUCUCAAUUCGUCACGUGAUAUACCAAUAAUAAAGUAGGCUUGCACUAUGGUUGCGAUAAUGGUCCGUACUCGGAAACGCUUUAAGUGUCAUUAGGACUAUUUUCAAAUCUCACAGGUAAUUACUCGGGUCUUUCUUUAUAAGUGCUUUUCCCGUAGAUUACGCACAAUUUUCAUCAAACUAUCACUAGAAUUCCAUGGGGCUUUAAAUUGCCAGGAAGUUUAAUUAAACUCUGUUAAAAGAAGUUUAGAUACCUUUGAGAACACAGCGACGGUUGUACUUAUUGUUGGAAAAAUACAAUCUUGUCUGCUGACCGAGGACGCAUCAAGUGGAAUAAAUGGAAGACGCUCCUACAAUUACUGCAUGACUGGACAAUCUGCCUCUCUUCUGCUCGUUGAGGAUCAGUUGCCUAUGUAGCAGCAUCCUUUCAGCCCAAGCCACGGGAGGCUGCAGCCCCCUCAGCCACCACCCCAUCAUCCCAUCCCCACAGUUGACAACAUUCACUUCGAAGCGCGUCAUGAGAGAAAAUGUUACUAGAUUGUAAGGGAAGCUACUCUAACCUGAGAUGGUAUCAGUAAGAAGCUGCUGAUUUCUCAUCCACACAGCAAGUAGCUACUUUGUCAUGAGAUGCUGCCAAUAAAAAUACGUUAACUUG